CGUAUUCCCAUAUACCUGCGCUCCCUCUUGCAACGCCCGAAGAAUCUUGCCCUUCCCCCAGAAACAACCACAAUGAAGCAAACCAUGGCUCGCAGCAACGGCUGCUGGAUAUUUGGCCUUGUCUAGGUUAUAGGAUUUUUUGCAAUCACCAAAGACACCGAGUACGGCGAUUUGCACAUACUGGCCCUUUCUUGCUCCUGAUAAUCUACUUCCUUCCUCCUUGUCCUCUCAAACAGCAUCAUUGUUUGUGUACGAUACAACGUCUCUUGUCCCGUCAGGCCCUCACCGAACCGCGGACUUGGUCGGCAGGUGCCCUAUCUACGAUACAACUUGAGCCUCACGUCUACCUAAGCACAAGUUUACUUCACCCUUGGCUGCAAAGCCUCCAUCUCCUCUCAGCAAUAUCGACUACUUGAAUUGUCAUCAAUUUCCGACGUUCUGUGCAUCUCAAAUCGGUCAUCGCCACCGAUUCAUGCUCAACGAAUACUUCUGAACCAAUCCCUUACAGUCAUAAUAUAGUCAAAAGAAACAUGAGUUCUUGGACAAAACACUUCGUUACAGGAUCAUACCCCCGUCAAAGCCCACCGCCAGAGUCAUAUACUGUUUUGGUCAUUUUGAAUCAAGAUCGUCACAAGAUUGACAAGCAUCUGUUCUCCGAUAUUUGCGCAUAGUUCUCGCGCAAAGAUAUCGAGACACUGCUGGUUAGAUCAAGACCUCUUGACCAUACAAAACAGCUACUAUUGUACUCUGACUAGCGGUGGGUUUGCGGUAAACCUCCUAUCUAUCGGUUAUUCUUUUUCGGUCAAUUCGAUCACCCCAACAAGUUCGCGCAAUAGCCUGAACUUCACCUUCGAUCACGAGAUCUGAACCCUUUGGAGAAGGUCUCUGAACACAAGAAGAUGGGCGUUGGCGAGAUGACAGGUUUCUCCAACACCUAUAAUCCUCAAAAUGUGCAAGGGUGGCUUGACACGCAAGGACACUACAAGGUCCCUGAAUCAAACUGGCCCACGGCACAAUUUAAAUGCAAGAAAGAUGUCGACCAAGGCAGUGUCGCUUCAGUCGAUGACGUUUUGAGCGUUAGCGACUCUUCUCAAGGGUCUAUUUCGUCCGAGUCGUCUAGUCAUACCACAUGGACAAGCGCUACCGACCUGGGCGAAGCUUUCCUAGAAGACGAUGAGAAAGAUGAACAGCAGUCGCGAUGCUCGACUGGUCUCGAGUCCCAGGACUACUUACUGAAAGGCCUGCACACUAGAGACGAAGUUUCCUGUAGCAGCCGAUUUCCAUCGACCCAUCUUGACCAGAAUGCGGCUUCAGAAUCUUUGGCAAAGGUUCAGUCCAAGGCCGCAGGCUGCCCGAGAGUCUCUUCACAAAGCACCCGCCCACAUCGUGGGGGAGAAAUCACCCUCGAACCCCAACUCCGAAAAUCAAGCUCUCGACGAUCAUCCUGUCUCGGCAAGAGUCUCUCAGGGCCCUGCAAGCUGAAGCGGGACACAGAUGUUACCGAGCAUUUUGUCGCCCUGCUUGUCUGCUUUGCGACGAGGCUAGUCACUGCUAUCUGGCCCAUGUCUGCAUGCCCGCCCAUGUCGUCGACAUGCUUCAAUGGCGCCGGCGUCCUUCCUCUCCGCGUCUUCAUUCAAGAAACAUUAAGGCGAUCCAAGACGAGCUACUCGACUCUGCAAGUGGCCCUCUAUUACCUCGUGUUACUCAAGUCCAAGCUACCCUGCACAAGCGCCGAAAAUGAAUCCCCAUGUCGUGCCAUGCAAUGCGGUCGGCGGAUGUUUUUGUCAGCCUUGAUGCUAGCCUCCAAAUACCUGCAAGAUAGAAAUUAUUCUGCACGAGCAUGGAGUAAAAUAUCUGGAUUGCGCAGCAACGAGAUUAAUGAGAACGAACGGGAGUAUCUACAGCUCAUCGACUAUGAGCUGCAUGUUCCUAAGGAGUCCUUUGAUGUCUGGAGCAAGAUCGUAUUGUCACUCAGUAGAGUGACCAAAGAACAACCGCAAUGCCGUUCUGGCUCACUAUCGCCUGGGUCUUCACCCCCUGGGAGUGGAUCAAGCAAUUCCCUGGCUGAUAUGGUCUCGCAGGUCGGGUUGGACGAAACCGCAGAUACCCAGACCUUCACCGACGCCUGGUGGACGGAUAUCAUCAAUCGACUAGGUCCUGGCCUGGUCAAAGACUCGAGCUUAGCAGAUGACUUCUUGCGGAGAAACCUGCCGGCAGAUCAGAUGGCACAGAUAUCUGCUUACUAUCUCGAGAAACACGGGAAGGAAACCCCGGUCAACAGUCCAGAGGCGUCUCGGGUUUAUGACCUCAACUUCAGCGACAGCUUCAAGUCUAGCACGACUAAGCAAGAGCCUAUCACUCCACAAACCCCGGUUGAGAUGAGUCCUGCUCGAGCCUCUGGGCUUCCGGUGCGACCUCAUCUGCGAAACCUUCCUACUCCACAAACAACCCCCCGCGUUGGCGAUGCCUUCCAAUGGGCCGGCAAUUGCGGCAAGACUUCGCUUCGUUGUUCUGCGUCUGUAGAUGCUUUGCGCAACAUGCGAAAGCAAUGCCUCAUGAAUGCAAACCUGGAACGCUGUCCCCCACCUCGACCUCAAGGCUGCACACUGCCAUCGAUGAGAACCCUUCUACGUCCUGCAGAGACAACGAGGGAGUAUUCGAACCGAUCAACGUCCUCAGCCUCACCACUCUCGGUGGUCUCCGAAACACCUUCACUUACUUCCCGAUCAAGAUCGUCAUCGAUCUCGUCGAAUUCAUCAUGGUCCUCAUCCAUGCGUUCUAAAGGCGGGUCAGCAGAGCAAUUCAGCUCAACCCUGGCGAGGAUGUGCUCCUCAUCAGAAGCGAGCUCGCAACCACCUCCAACUACGUUGUUGAAACCAGAUGUUUCGUUUGGCAAGUUUUGUGAUGAGGGAUAUGGCAGCAGCGAGGAGCCUCUUAGUAAGACUUCAAAGCACCAGCUUUCCACCAGCCACGAAGUAGAUGCUCUGCAGGCUCUGAUGUCGUUGUCGACGCAUUCUGAAACCCCAAGUCAAAGUGUUACUCCUACACCUCAGCGGCUGGCUGAGCAAGGUAUCCUUGGCAUGCGACCAAUUACCAGCUCUCCCAGAGGUCAUAAGAGAACGUUGUCAAAGACCAAUGAGAAACUUCAGACUCAGGUGCGACGCACGCUCACAGAUCCCCGAAUGAUCUGCAACAUCAUCGAUGAUUCGGUCAAGCCGAACCACGACAGCACUCCAAGAGAGUGGCAGUUGCCUUCACGAAACUGGGCAGAACCUAGAAGGGCGUUACCAAACACAUCGGACAACAAACGAGUGGCAACAUAUUGCUCAAUACAGCAAUUUGCUUCUGCUCCCAAUCUUGCGGCACAAUACCUUCAAGAUUCAAUCUUUGCCCAGCCUUGAACGAUGUCGAUGGUGGUGUAAGAUUGCACGAAAGAUGUCUCUCGGCGAAGUAUUCCGACUAGCUCUAUCCUCCCGGCUGCGCCUUGCGAAUCAGUAGACUGAUGAUGCAGCAUUUGCGCCUGCCGAAAGCCCUUAUUCCGGAGUUAGUCGCUAAACUUGGAGGACUUCAGGCGCAAGCGAAGUCAAAGAGUGCAGGAACUGUAUCAUCAACUAAUACAACCAAUACGGCAAUGGCCAGUCGAAGACCUGCCUUGCCAAACAGAACCAUGUGUAUUCAAUCAGCAUGGCUCAUAUCAAAGAAAAUGAUUGAAACUAUUAGUGCACCAAUUGUGCAAAGCCUUUGAACCACCCGGCGUUCAAAGAGUGUGUUGGGAGCUCAACAUUUAGGGCUAUCAUUUUUUAUGUAUGCUAUGAAUAUAAUCAAUCACGUUUGCGAUCGAAUA